GCGCUCGCUGGCUGGGGGACGGCGGCCGCCGCCAUGAUCUUGUUUGCUUUCAAUGAAAACUAGGGGGGCGCGGAGGAGGAGGCGGCGGCGUCGGUGGCGGCGACGUCGGCGGCGCGGAGGCGAAGACAGCGGUGGGCGCAGUUAGGCAGGCGAGACCGGAGGCUGGGAGGCCGGAGGGCGUAGUGGCGACCCGUCAGGGCGGCUGAGGCGGGCGGCUUAAGCGGUGGAUUUCAGAGGGGGAACAAAGAGCGGCGACUGAGGCGGCAGAAGAGCGGCGGCGGCGGCGCUGCAGCAGCGGGCGGGACUGGUAUGGUGGUUCCACAGGUCAGACCCCGCUGCACUCACAGGGAGGAGGCGGCGGCAGCGGCGGAGGAAGGCGGCGCACCCCAAGAGGCAUGCCCAAAGAAAAAUACGAGCCUCCUGACCCUCGGAGGAUGUACACAAUUAUGUCCUCCGAAGAAGCAGCAAAUGGAAAGAAAUCACAUUGGGCAGAGCUUGAAAUAAGUGGGAAAGUAAGAAGCUUAAGCUCAUCUUUGUGGUCACUGACUCACUUGACAGCUUUGUAUCUAAGUGACAAUUCCCUGUCCCGCAUUCCUUCAGACAUUGCCAAGCUUCACAAUCUGGUGCAUCUGGAUCUAUCCUCUAAUAAAAUCCGGAGUUUACCAGCAGAACUCGGAAACAUGGUAUCACUCAGGGAACUCCAUUUAAAUAACAACCUGUUACGAGUUCUACCUUUUGAGCUGGGAAAACUGUUUCAGUUGCAGACUUUAGGCCUGAAAGGAAAUCCACUUACCCAGGAUAUUUUGAACCUCUAUCUGGAACCAGAUGGAACAAGAAGGCUACUGAACUAUUUGCUUGAUAAUUUGGCAGGUACUGCAAAAAGAAUUUCAACAGAACAACCACCUCCAAGAUCUUGGAUUAUGUUACAAGAACCAGACAGAACUCGGCCAACGGCCUUGUUUUCUGUCAUGUGCUAUAAUGUUCUUUGUGAUAAAUAUGCGACCCGGCAGUUAUAUGGCUACUGUCCAUCAUGGGCACUAAAUUGGGACUACAGGAAAAAGGCCAUUAUUCAAGAAAUCUUGAGUUGUAAUGCUGAUAUUAUAAGUCUUCAGGAGGUUGAAACAGAACAGUAUUACAGUUUUUUUCUGGUAGAACUGAAAGACCGAGGCUAUAGUGGAUUUUUUAGUCCUAAAUCUAGAGCUAGGACAAUGUCAGAACAAGAAAGAAAACAUGUUGAUGGCUGUGCAAUAUUCUUCAAGACAGAAAAAUUUACUUUGGUUCAGAAACACACUGUUGAAUUUAAUCAGCUAGCGAUGGCAAAUUCAGAAGGGUCUGAAGCUAUGCUGAACAGAGUCAUGACAAAAGAUAACAUUGGAGUUGCUGUACUGCUAGAACUUCGAAAGGAAUUGAUUGAAAUAUCAUCUGGAAAGCCACAUCUUGGAACAGAAAAACAACUUAUUCUUGUGGCUAAUGCUCAUAUGCAUUGGGACCCUGAAUACUCUGAUGUGAAGUUGGUUCAAACGAUGAUGUUCCUCUCAGAAGUGAAGAACAUUAUUGACAAAGCUUCAAGAAGCCUUCAGUCCAGUGUAUUGGGAGAAUUUGGAACUAUUCCACUGGUGUUGUGUGCAGAUCUUAAUUCUUUGCCGGACUCUGGUGUUGUAGAAUAUUUGAGCACUGGUGGAGUAGAAACAAAUCAUAAAGACUUCAAGGAACUGAGGUAUAAUGAAAGUCUUACAAACUUCAGCUGUAAUGGGAAAAAUGGGACAACCAAUGGAAGGAUCACUCACGGUUUCAAGUUAAAGAGUGCCUAUGAGAGUGGCCUGAUGCCUUACACAAAUUACACAUUUGAUUUUAAGGGUAUAAUUGACUACAUCUUCUAUUCUAAACCUCAGCUGAACACUUUAGGCAUCCUGGGACCUCUGGACCACCAUUGGCUAGUUGAGAAUAAUAUCAGCGGCUGCCCACACCCACUCAUCCCCUCCGACCACUUCUCACUUUUUGCACAACUGGAGCUCUUACUGCCUUUCCUGCCCCAAGUUAACGGCAUUCAUCUUCCUGGCAGGAGGUAGUCAAGUACCUUCAGAGGAUGACCUCAAUUUCACUCAUAAACUCAUAAAAUAAUCUGAAUAUAGGGGAGUGAGGUAUGGCCACCAGGGAUUUUUUUGUUUUUCUUAAUGAUGAUUUGAGUUUUCAAUCUGAUUAUUUGAUAAGGAUAUAGUAUGAAAGCCAGGUGCUAGCAACAGACAAAUUCUGAGCCCAAUAUGCUUUAUAUACUGUUAGACAGGGAUUGGUGUGUUUGCACCUAUCUUUAAAUUGUUACAAGUAAUUUUCCUGUUUCUUCUGUCCAAUAUAAUAUUUUCAUGCCUUGAAAUAGGAAAAUGUUGGAACAGCAUAUUCUCUUUGCACAGAAAUCUGUAGCACUACUUUUUUGAGGCCAGUAAUAACAUCCAGAGACCAUCCUUCCAUACUUUACUCCCUCCUUUUUCAGACUUGUUUGUAAAAUAGAGAAUUUGAAUUUAGCCUUUAUGAUUGUAUAUGCUCCACAGAAGACCUGAUUUAUGAAAUUUUGUACUAAAAAAUCAGAUUUGGAAAUGAUUGUAUUGUAAUCUAAGGCUAAGUUGUUUUUUGUUUUUUUUUUUAACCUGUUUCAUGUGUUAUAAAGGCCAGCUUGUAAAAGAAGUUGCAACAGACUUUCUCUGCUGAUGAUUUGCACUGUUAGGGUUUAGUUAGCCCUUUUGUACUACUUCGUUUUUAAAUCGAGAACAUUGCUCUUUAAAUCUAAAUCUGUUUAAAGCUUAGGACAUUUCCUUGAACCAGAGGCAACUUACCCAUGAAUUCCUGGGGUUUGAUAUCUAUCAGGAUAGAUAAGCUGAGCAGUGAAUGAUCUGUAGGCAUUUAUGGAUUUGAAUGUAAUGCUUGAUAUAUGUACAUUCUGGUAUUUUAAAAUCUUUAACUUUUUUAAGUUAAAUUACAGCUGCUUAAGUACAGCUUCUUAACUCCUUUUUGAGAUACUUCCUGUACUAUCUCCACUGUGCCUGCCUGAAUUUGUUCUCACCAAGCACUGCCUGUGCAUGCAGAGAAAAUCUGUGCAUCCUCUUUUAUAUUUUUAAAAAUACUGUUUUAACAUUUGUGAGAGUUUUAUGAAAAUGCUUUUUGUAUGAGCUGUGGCUUUUUUUCGAUUGUGAAGCAUUGAAUAUCACAUUUUGGAACAUGUUCAUAGGGUGGGUCCCUGGGUCUUUGCUCACCAGACCCAAGCACUGCUUCUUGGUGUCAUUGCACAGUGCUGUUCGUCACCCAGAAUACUACUAUCAUGUGAAUUCUUUUUGUUUUCCAUGUAUUCCUUAGUCUCCAUGUUUUUUUUUUAAUCAUUCCUUUUUUUAAAAAAGUAAUUUUCCGUUUAUGAAGCAGUAUAAAAUAAAUGAAAUGUAUUUUCAAAACAGGUCCCUAAGACAAUACUUCAGAUCAUUUUUAAGUGACUAAGUCAUUUUAAUAUGUCAACCAAGCUAAAAGUUAUAUACCCUGUAUUUUGCCCAUAGUGCCAUUAGUAGAAUAGAGAUUAAAGCCAGCUUUUUAACUUUGCAACGUUAACUUGUAUAUGUUCUGUUUUCAUUUAUUCAUUUGUCUCUCAAAAAUCAAAUGAAUUCAGAAGGAACUUGGUCUAACUGCUUUUGUUUCAACUGCAGGCAGGGGAGCAAAAGGACACCAUGUAUGUGAGCAUUAAGAAAAGAAAUUGUUGAAUGUUAAUAGCAAUUUUUAUACAGAGAAUGAGUCAUUUUGGAUAAUGACUUAAAAUUUUAUGAAAAAUGUUCAGCACUUAAAUGUGCUUAUUCUGUUUUUAAGAGAAAAUAAAAUUCCAUACUGUUUAAGUAAAUGAAUCUUUUUGUUUUUGUUUUUAAAAAUUCUCCAGAAAGUUUUGAUCUUGAAUCUUUGUCUGGGACCUGGUUUUUCCUUUCAGUUUUGUUUUUUUGUGUGUAUGUGUGUGUGGACUUUUUUUUUUUUUGUGACGUUUUUUGUUUUUGUUUUUGCUUUUUAAGUUGUGCUGACACCAAACACAUCCAGUUUAUAAUCAGUACAUUGGAAAGCUGGUAAUAUUGAUAUAGAACCAAUGCAUAACUUUUUAUGGGGUUUCUGGGGGUUUGGGUUUUGUUUUGUUUUGUUUUGUAAAGUGUGAAUAAAAGGUGUGUUUACUCAU